AUGCGCAUAUUUAUUGCGGCAUUGUCAGUUGUAAACAUUGAAGACAUAUUUAACCCGGUACCUGCCAGAGUAGUUUGGGCGGCAGUCGGCAAGAGCGUCGAUUUACUAUGCGAUUUAACACCACCAACGCCGCAGGAUUCCGUAAAGCUGCUGUUGUGGUUCAAGGACUCCACCGGAAUACCACUUUACAGUUUGGAUUCACGAGGUGGCAAUAUCAAAUUAGCACCACACUCAGCCAUAGCUAGCGACUUGGGCCAGCGUUUAUUCUUUUCCAUUGGUGAUAAUCUUAAGGAUUCACGAUUACAAAUACGCGAUGUGAAGCCAACCGAUGGCGGCAUUUACCGUUGUAGAAUAGAUUUUUUCAAUUCGCCAACACGCAACUUUAGAAUUAAUUUAACAUUAGUAGUGCCCCCAGAGGAGCCACGCAUUUUCGAUGCACAAGGCAAAGAGAUUGCCCAAAUGGCCGGACCAUUUCGUGAGGGCUAUGAGCUUUUUUUAUGCUGUCAAGUGAAAGGAGGUCGCCCAGCGCCUAAAGUCACCUGGUGGCGUGACGAUGUCGAACUUAAGGGCACUAGUCACACGUCCGUCGAGGAGGGUGCCACUGUCAUGGUGAAUCAGCUGUUGAUUGGCACGACGACGCGUGACUAUUUCGGUGCGAAAAUCGAGUGUCGGGCGCAAGGCACGAAACUAAUAGCGCCGGUGGUGAAAGAAGUAACGGUACAAGUGCAUUUGAAACCGGUGCGCGUGAAAAUCCUCACAGCCAAUGACCUGCUCACCGCCGGUCAGCCUGUGCCUUUGCGCUGCGAUUCGUGGGGCUCAUAUCCGGCGGCGAAGAUUACAUGGCUUUUGGACGGUGAGCCGAUACGCAAUGCGGAAGUGACUGUGCACAGUGACAGAGAGGACUCAAAUACCACAACUAGUAUACUCAAUCUGAAGGUAACUUCGGAAAAUGAUAAUGCGGAGCUGAUGUGUCGAGCGUCGAAUCCUUGGUUUUCCGGCAGCGCUAUUGAGGAUAAGCGCAUCAUACGUGUGGCAUAUCCACCAACAGUCUCAGUGCACUUAGCCAACGAGGACCCUAGUCGGUUUGUUACCAAAGCCGAAGGCCAAAAUGUCACCUUCAAGUGUCGUGCGGAUGCGCGACCUCCUGUGAGCUCGUAUGCCUGGUUUAAAAAUGGUAUGCGUAUGUCUGGCGAGAGCUCUGAGAUUCUCCAUUUGACCCAACUGGCGCGUGAGAGUGCUGGCGCUUACGCUUGUGGCGCGGCAAAUACGGAGGGAGAGACGCGUAGCUCCAGUCUAACACUGAAAGUGCAAUACUCGCCCAGAUGCCGACCGGGCACAGAGCAAACAUCACUUGGAGCACUGAAUAUGCACUCGGUGCAGGUGAAAUGUGAAGUGGAUGCAGAUCCGCCAGACUCGGUGAAAUUCAGUUGGACUUACAACAACACGAGAAAUGUGUCGCCGGUGCUCAAUUCGAGAAUCACUUCAAAUGGUCUGGUCAGCACCGUUACGUAUUUGCCACAAACCGACUCCGAACUGAUAACGCUCGCCUGCUGGGCCAGCAACUCGGUGGGACGUCAAACCAUCCCCUGUCUGGUGCAUAUACUCCCAGCAAAUCCACCAGAGGCCCCAAAGGCAUGUGAACUGCGCAAUGAUACAGUUUUGGAAGUUGUUUGUUUGGCGGGCAAUGAUGGCGGUCUUACACAAUAUUUCCUGCUAGAGGUAAUUGGCGGUGAUCCGCUGUAUGCGAACGAUGUGAGUCGUAGUUUUGCCGAUGCUAAUGUGGGCGACAACGAGCUAUCCACGAUGAAUGAUCAGGCGACGUCAGCACCAGUGCUCCGCAUGCAAGAGCCGCAACCGCAAUUUCGUCUCAACAGCUUGGAACCGGGCAGAGAAUAUCAAUUCCUGGUGUACGCCGUUAACGCGAAGGGACGCAGCGAACCGCCGGUCGUUAUUGAACGUGUACGAGUGGCGGCCCAAUUGGGGCCUUACGAUGAAUCCAUACUCUCCGAGGAUCCCACACCAGCAGAGACUACACAUCAUUCAAGUGGCGGCUUAAGUGCCAGUGCUAGUGGUUCCAACGGCGUGGUGGGCGUGGGUGCAGGCGCCAGCAUUGACGCGCAUGGACAUGAGAAACAGCAAUCGACGCUACUCAUAUUGGCCGCGGUUGUGGCGAUAGGAGCGGUCAUUGUAACGUCAAUUAUCGUGGCGGGUAUAGUGGUCGUCUGUAGGCAUCGACCGCGACCUCCUGAACCGCAGGAUGUGCGCAAAAGUAUGCG